CAAUACAAUAGAUAUUUUGUUGUUGUAGUAAGCUCAUCAACCUCCAAAUCACAAAAGGGGGGAAAUAGCAACAAUUUUUUAUUUUUUUUAAAAAAAAAAAAGAAGGAAAAAAAUUAAAAAGGAUAAAAACAAUUUUUUUUUUCUAAAAAAAAAAAAAGGAAAAGGAAAGGAGGAGGAAUUGCCAGAGUGAUUUUUCUGGAAUUUGUGAUUUGGAAGUUGACACUUUGACAACACCAAAUUCCAACUCCAAACUAAAAUUCCUUCUCCCAAUUUUCCAAUUUUACCAUAUUAUUAUCUAUAAACUAAAAUUUGACGUUGAAAAUUUUCAAGAUUCUUUUUUUUUUAUUAUUUUCUUUGGAGCUGCUGUGCAAUUUUGCUGAAUUUCAGGGUCUAUCGGGAACGGUUUUUCUACCUCACAAGGUAGGGUAAGGUCUGCGUACACAAUACCCUCUCCAGAUCACACUUGUGGAAUAGGUCUGCGUACACACUACCCUCUCCAGAUUGCAGUUGUGGAAUAGAAGAUCGUACGGGAAGUAAGACCUAGGGAGGAUUGAGGUAUAGUUUGUUGAAUGUGGGCGUGUUAAAAGUUUAAAGCUCUGAAAUCUGCAUGAGGUUUGUGAUUAGAAGAUGUAUAGCAAUUUCAAGGAGCAGGCAGUAGCUUAUGUGAAGCAAGCAGUUGAGGAAGAUAAUGCUGGAAAUUAUCCAAAGGCUUUCUCUCUCUAUAUGAAUGCUUUGGAGUAUUUUAAAACUCAUCUGAAAUAUGAGAAGAAUCCCAAGAUUAAGGAAGCAAUUACCCAGAAGUUUGUGGAGUAUUUGAGGAGGGCUGAGGAGAUUCGUGCUGUUCUUGACGAAGGAGGUGGUGGACCGACGUCCAACGGAGAUGCUGCUGUUGCAUCACGCGCCAAGUCAAAGCCAAAGAAUGGAGGAGGAGAGGGUGAUGAUUCAGAGAAUGUAAAGUUAAGAGCUGGACUUAAUUCCGCUAUUAUAAGGGAAAAGCCUAAUGUGAAGUGGAAUGAUGUAGCAGGACUUGAGAGUGCCAAGCAGGCAUUGCAGGAGGCUGUUAUACUGCCGGUUAAGUUUCCUCAGUUUUUCACUGGCAAGCGUCGACCAUGGAGAGCCUUUUUGUUAUAUGGCCCACCUGGAACAGGAAAGUCAUACCUAGCAAAAGCUGUUGCGACAGAAGCAGAUUCAACUUUUUUCAGUGUUUCUUCCUCAGACCUUGUUUCAAAGUGGAUGGGUGAAAGUGAAAAGCUUGUGUCUAAUCUAUUCCAGAUGGCCCGAGAAAGUGCACCUUCAAUAGUAUUCAUAGAUGAAAUUGACUCCUUAUGUGGCCAAAGAGGUGAGGGUAGUGAGAGUGAAGCAUCAAGACGUAUCAAAACUGAGCUUCUUGUACAGAUGCAGGGUGUAGGGCACGAUGAUGACAAAAAAGUUCUUGUUCUUGCAGCGACAAACACUCCCUACUCAUUAGACCAGGCCAUUAGGCGGCGAUUUGACAAAAGAAUAUACAUCCCCCUACCAGAUUUGAAGGCAAGGCAGCACAUGUUCAAGGUACAUUUAGGAGACACCCCUCACAACUUGACAGAAAGUGAUUUUGAGCAACUAGCUCGGAAAACAGAAGGUUUUUCAGGUUCAGACAUUUCUGUGUGUGUAAAUGAAGUCUUGUUUGAACCUGUACGUAAAACUCAAGAUGCUGAGUUUUUCAUUAAGACUAGUGACGGGUUGUGGGUGCCUUGUGGACCUAGACAACCAGGUGCCAUUCAGACUAAUAUGCAGGAACUUGCUGCAAAAGGCCUAGCUUCAAAGAUUACGCCACCACCAAUCAGCAUAAGGGAUUUUGACAGAGUGCUAUGGAAACAGAAGCCAACAGUAAGCAAAGCAGAUCUUGAGGUGCAUGAGAGAUUCACGAAAGAGUUCGGUGAGGAAGGAUGAAGGCUCUUUGGUUUGCUAUAAAAUUAUGUAACUAUUACAGCAGUGAAAUAUAUCAGAUUUAGUCAUCGCUUCAAUAAAACCAAACAGCAUGUGAUAAAGGGAAAUAAUCAGUCUUGGUUCUUAAUUUAAGGACCAUUGAGCUGAUGUUUAGUGAUUACUGCGUUUGCCUUGUACAGCUUGAUGUUAGUUUGUUAAAAAGUAUUUUUUGAAAUUUUUACGCGUUAAAAGACCAUCGUACAAUGGUAUCAAUGUCUCUGAUGGAAUGAAAGAAAUGUUGUUUUUGUAUUAACAAGUAGAUUGCAGGUUA